ACUAACAGAGUCGGUGUUAAUCACAACCAUGUAUUCUCUUCUCUCUUUAUUAACCUUAGUCGUAUUCGUAACCGCGGACGGUCGCGAGCAGCUGGUCGGUGGCAGAGACAGUCAACCCGGUCAGUUUCCGUACACCGUGUAUCUGAAAUUAAAGGGCAAACCAUUCUGCGGUGGUGCUAUCAUCGGCAAUCACCAUGUUAUCACCGCUGCGCAUUGUAUAUUGAAUGCAAACAAUAAAACGGAAGAUGUGGAAGUGGUGACUGGAACCAUCCAUCUGAACCAGGGCGGCGAGACUCACCGUGUGGCUGGCCUUUACCCUCAUCCCUACUACCCUGACUAUCUCGACAAAGAUAUCGGCGUGAUCAAGCUUGCCGAGCCAAUCAAUUUCAACGCGAAUCAACAGCCGAUCGCGCUUCCCAGCGACAGAACGCCGGCGUUCGUUUACGGCACUGUGAGCGGAUGGGGUGGCACGUCUUCUCCGCCAACCGCGAUGUCGAGCUCCCAGCAACACCUGUCCGUCAAAGUAAUCGACACAAUGGUCUGCAAACAAACUUCUGGCUUCAUCAUUAGCGAGAUCUGCACUUUAAACGGCCCCGACAGCGGUACAUGCCUCGGUGACAGUGGCGAUCCAUUUGUUUACAACAAUGCAGUCGCUGGUGUCGCGUCAAGAGGAGUUCCCUGCGCCCGUGGACAACCGGAUAUUUUCACCAGUGUCUACGACAGUCUCGAGUUCAUUCAAACAGCAAUGGCAUAUUAACGACGACAGCAUCAUUCGCGUGAUUCAUUCACUAUUUAAAUAUUUAUUUCCAAAUACUGUACUCAUCGCAUAUACCACCGUCCAGUUUACAAUA